ACGAUGUCUGUGUUGCAGGAAAACGAUCCAUAUGUGAAGGACAUGAAGCAAGUUGAGACUGCAGCUCUGUUCAGACAAAUACUCCGGAUCAUGGAGGAGCUCCGACAGGGAGUUAAAAAGCCAUAUAAAGAAGUGAUAGAUGUGACCUCGGGUGACCCGCAGAAGACAGGCAUGAAACCUCUGUCAUUUGUCCGACAGAUUCUUGCAGCGUGUCUUUACCCUCAGCUCAUCAACGACAACAAACUGCCAGUGGACGUCAGACAAAGGGCUCAGAGGCUGCUGGGGGAAUGUCCUGGAGGCAGUGUAGGUUCCUACAGUGCUACAAGGGGUGUGCCAGAUAUAGUCCAAAGAGUCUCUGAAUAUAUAAGCAGACGAGAUGGUGGGGCUUGGUCGAACCCCGAAAACAUUUUCAUCAGCCCAGGCUCACAGUGGUCACUUGCGAACAUUUUCCAAAUCCUGGUGAACACAGAGGCCUCAACUAGAACAGGCAUUUUAACUCCAGUGCCAGGUUACAACACCUCCAUUUUGUCCAUAAAGGAACAGGGAGCAGUUCCCGUCCCCUACUACCUGGAUGAGGAGCAGGGCUGGGAGCUGCACAUGGAGGAGCUUCACCGAGCCCUGGCCUCAGCAAAAGGCGUGUGUAACCCUGUUGCUCUGUAUAUCGUCAACCCUGGAAAUCCAUCAGGUCAAGUUCAAAGCAGACAAUCAAUACAAGAGGUCAUCCAGUUUGCUUUCGAGAAGAGGCUCUUCAUUCUGGCCGAUGAGGUUUAUCAGGACACCGUUUAUGGGGAAAAGAGUGAGUUUGUCUCCUACAAGAGGGUUCUGGCGGAGAUGGGGCCUCCUUUUUCAGACACAGUGGAACUAGCUUCCUUCCACUCAGCAUCCAAAGGCAUGCUCGGAGAGUGUGGCCUACGGUGUGGAUAUGUUGAGCUGGUAAAUCUGGACCCCGCUGUGAUGAAGUACAUCUACACCCAGUUCUCAAAAGACAGCUGUGCUCCUGUGCUGGGUCAGAUUGCCCUGGAUGUGAUGGCAAAUCCACCACAACCAGGAGAUCCCUCGUAUCCUUUGUACAUUGAGGAGACUCAACACAUUAGGACCACGCUGGUUCAUAAUGUAAAUAGAGCCUUCACUGUCUUCAACAGCCUCCCAGGUCUCACGUGCCAACCAGGGGAAGGAGGAGCAUUUUUGUUCCCCAGACUGGAUCUUCCACCAAGAGCCAUUCAGAAAGCCAAGGAAGCAGGACUGGGGCCAGAUACGUUCUACUGUGUCAAUCUGCUAGAGGACGCUGGUGUGUUUGCCCGUCCUGGUGCCGAAUAUGGACAAAAGGAGGGCACGCACCACAUCAGAAUUUGCAUCAUGACGCCUCCUGACAUCAUGGAGGAACUACUGAGACGCGUGACAAGCUUUCACACCCAGCUAAUGAAAGAUUUUUCUUAAACAAUGUCGCUGAAGGAAAUGAGUCGAGUUAUAUUUCAGCAGUACAGUGAUUCAAGACAGAAUAAAAGACUAAUUGA